CAUGGAGACACGAGUGAGUCGUCACUUGGUGCUUCCCGGUGCAAGCUAACAUGAGCGGGUAUGCGCCACACACUAACCUCCAACAAGCCCUCCACCAUGGGAGCAGAGAGCGACAGUAUGCUGCAACUCGCCGCGGAGGCUUUCCGGGCGAAAAACUUCGAUCUGGCGGCGGAUAUUUACGAGUGCCAGCUAGCGGCUUCAGGGGAUGGGGAGAGUCGGCAGAAGUUGAUGGUGAAGCGGGCUGACGCGCUCGCUUUCGGGGGCAAAUUCUCCGAAGCUUUCGAGGUGUACCGGCAAGCAGCGGAGAUAGAGAGACUGCGACCUAUACACCUACUCAACCUCAUCGAGUACCUCACCUCCAUCACGAAGCCGGACAGCGGGGACACUCACACCGGCAUCCCGGGUGAAGGCGCGAAAUCUGGGACAGCGACAGCGGGUAGCCCCGGUGUCGGAGCCACAGGUAACGGCGACGCAGACGUCUCUUGCCGGAUAUGUCUGAGCUCGCUGUUCGAGCCCGUGACUCUGCCGUGCGGACAUUGCUUCUGUAAAAAGUGUCUGGAGAGGGACAAGAAGGAGGUUGUGUGUAAGGAGUGCAGGCAGGGCUCCAAAGUGGCCGUGCACAGUUACAGGGUCAAUGUGGUCCUCAGCAACCUGCUGGCCAAGUGGUUCCCUAGGGUGCACCAGGCCGCCCGGCUGCGGCGGGAGGGCAACGGCCUGUACGCGGAGAAGAAGAUGGAAGCAGCUCUGGAGAAAUACAACCAAGCCAUCCUCAUUGCACCCGCAGACCACAUACUGUUCAGUAACCGCUCCCAGAUCCACUCCAGUCUGAAACACUAUGACAAGGCUCUGAGGGACGCUGAGAUGGCCUGCAAGCUCAUGCCUCUGUGGUCCAAGGGUCACGUUCGGAGGGCUCAGGCUUUGGUGUCCCUCGGCAGAACCGAGGAAGCCCUGAAAGAGUACCUGCUAUGUCUGUCCAUAGAGCCUGACUGCAGACUGGCCAGGAACGAGGCCAACAAGCUCCUCAGCGACCUCCUGGCUCCAGUGACUGAUCAGGUCCCUGAACACAUCUCUGACUUCCCUAAAAUCCUUCCCUCCAGAGGUCGCAUCAAGAAUAGCAUCAACACGCCCUCCCAGAUCCCAGCCCCGUUGUUAUCAGGGUCCGGAGUCACUCACACCGUUCCUGCAGCCGGGAGGUCGGAUAGCAGUGGGGUCAAAGAUCAGAGAAAACCUGAGGACAGGAAGCUUUAUCACUGUCUCCUCAAACGGAAGCGAAGCGGCGUAAAGGAGGAGGAGGAGCAGGAAGGAGAGGGCUGGCGUGACCAUCAAAAAAGACCUAAGUGUGAGCCAGCAGAGGUGAAGGACCUUUUGGACCCAACAGAUCUGGAAUGUUCUCUCUGCAUGAGGUUGCUCUAUGAGCCGGUAACGACGCCCUGCGGUCACACCUUCUGUCUCCAGUGUCUCAAGAGAUGUCUGGACCACAACCCAAAGUGUCCCCUGUGUAAAGAAGAGCUGUCCGAGUACCUGGUCCAAAGGCAGUACUGCAAGACGGCAUUAAUGGAGAACCUGAUAGCGAGGUAUCUUCCGUCCGAGCUGGUGGAAAGACAGAAAAUCCAUCAGGAGGAGAUGGCUGAGCUUUCCAACCUAAACAAGAAUGUGCCUAUAUUUGUGUGCACCAUGGCCUUCCCCACUGUCCCGUGUCCUCUGCAUAUCUUCGAGCCCUGCUACAGACUGAUGAUUCGCCGAUGCAUGGAGACGGGAACCAACUGCUUUGGCAUGUGUCUGGGGGACGACCUGAAAGGGUUUGCAGACUACGGGUGCCUGUUGGAGAUCCGUGAUGUGAAGUUCUUCUCCGACGGCAGCUCGGUCGUGGACACCAUCGGCAGGCGGAGGUUCAAAGUCAUUCAGCACCGUGAGAGGGACGGAUACAACACAGCUGACAUUGAGUACUUGGAAGACGUGAAGGUGGAAGGCCUGGCGAUGGGGGAGCUGCAGUCUUUGCAUGACGCAGUGUACGAGCAGGCUCUGGUGUGGGUCAACUCCUUGAAGGCUGAGCAAAAGGAACGUAUCGAAGGGCACUUUGGACCCAUACCCGCGAAAGACUCUGAACUUCAGGCCAGUCCCAAUGGUCCGUCAUGGUGUUGGUGGUUACUUGCUGUUCUUCCCCUAGAAGGCCGAGCCCAGCUACCAUUCCUGGCCAUCACAUCUCUGAAGGACCGCCUGAGCGGCAUCCGCAAGGUUCUGCUCUUCAUGGCCCAGAGCAGACAUCGGGGGCACCCUGUGGGCCAGCGGUCAUAACAGAUGACGCCCGCUGCAAGCCACCAUUCAGCAGAUGUGGUGGCACCUUCCCUGUUUAGGCAGCAUCCAGAUACACAUCAACAACAACACACACACAUUUGUCCAUUCGACUUCCAUUCAUCCUCAUGCUUCUCACACCAACCGGAAAGCACAUCUGGAUGGAGAUUUUUUCACCUCCACCUCCACCUGAAAACAUGGACAUGUUUGUUGGUCUUUCCGGCGCUCCACCAAGUUUUUUUUUUUUAUAGUUCUCGGCUCUUCCUGUUGCAUUGUUUCCACAUAAAGCACCAAAAUAGACAAAAAAAACGCAAUAAAUGUUGAUUUUUUUUGGGAGGUGAGCUUUAAAGCAAGUCCAACUUUGCGUGUUCACACGAGAGACCAAACUUUGACUUUUUACACUCACUGCAGUUAAGUGAAUGAAGUCUACGAUUAAAACUGCACACGUGA